UUUUGAAGCAAGCGAGACUCUGUGACUGUGCAUAUGCCAAUACAAUUUGACUGUGUGUUUUUAUUAAACUCGAGCGAAUAGAACACGCGAAUGGCAAAUAGAAAAGAAGUUGCGCAUUAAAAUCGGCGCUAUACAUUGCAAUUGCAAACAGUGGCAACAGCAGUAGAAAUUAAUUUAAAAACGAAACAAGCUGGUACAGCCAUAAGCGAAAAUGAUGAACGGCAGUAAACCAGGCGUGGUUCUUAAUUGCCGCACAUGCACCCGUGCAUGUAAACAAUACAAAUCGCUGCAAGACGAAAUUGAGAUCGGACCUGAGGGCAGCACCACGCUAGCCAAUAUGCUUAAUUUUUGCUCCAGUCUGUCAUUCGAGCCCCAAGAUGGAGCUGCGAUGCCCCAACACAUUUGCAUGCACUGCCUGCAGUUACUGGAGCAAGCAUUCAACUUCAAGCGCAUGGUCAUUGACUCCGAUGAGCUGCUGCGACUUGGGCUUGAGGAGGUUGACAACAAUGCCAAUGUCAAUACUAGCAACCAGGAGUAUGUUAUGAUCGAGCUGCUUGGUGAUGAGGCUGAGCCCGAGUCUGCCGCCAAACAGGACUCCAGCGUGCACGAUGUCGCUGCGCUUGUCGAAUCAUACAGCGAGCAAGAGCCAGAACAUGAGGAAUUUGUCGUUGAAGAUGUUUGCGUAGAUGCAGAAGAAGAAGUUGGCGCAGAAACAGAGACAGAGGAUACUAUCGAACCACUUAACGAUUUUCAAGCGGCUGACAUUGAGUAUGUGACAAUCAAAAGCGAAUACGAUUCGCAGGUAGAGGACGAAGAUGACAUCGAAAUUAUGGACUCCCCACCUCUCGAAACUGUCAGUGAGCAAAUGCAAAUUCAAAUGUUGGAUGACCAAAUGGUCAUGAUGUCUGGCGAGGAGCCUAUCGAUGAGGUAAUUGGCGAAGUCGAAGGUGACGAUAUACUAGAUAUCGAGCGUGAGGAGCAUUUGUUGACUGGCGAUAGUGAGGAAGGCGAGGAAUUUCUGGAUGAUUCCGUAGAUGGUUCUACCUCGAAUCCAGUUGUUGCCGGACCAGGAGUCGAAGUGCUACCGCAUGUUUGUCAUGUGUGCAACAAAGCAUUCCGCCAACAGUGCCGUCUAAAUCAACAUAUGCGUUCCCAUGUGGACGAAAAGCUUUACUCGUGCGAGAUAUGCGGCAAAAAGCUGAAGCAUUUGCGCAACUACAAGGAGCAUAUGCUGACUCAUACAAAUGCCAAGCCGCAUCAGUGCUUGGUCUGUGCACGUUUUUAUCGCACCACAUCUAGCUUGGCUGCACACAUGCGUACACACGCCGAGGAUAAACCAUAUAAAUGCGAUCAAUGUGGGCGCAGCUAUGCGGCAUUCGAUCAUUUACGUCGGCACAAACUGACGCACACCGGGGAGCGUCCCUAUGCAUGUGAUCUGUGUGAUAAGGCGUACUAUGAUUCGUCGUCACUCCGCCAGCACAAAAUCAGCCAUACAGGAGAGAAGGCAUUCACCUGUGAAAUUUGCGGCGUUGGACUGUCACAGAAAUCUGGCUAUAAAAAGCACAUGCUGGUGCAUUCCGGCGAAAAGCCGCACAAAUGUCACAUCUGCGGACGUGCCUUUACCUUCACCAGUAACCUGAAUGCCCACGUACGCUUGCACUCCGGCGAGAAGCCGUUUAAAUGCGACAAAUGCAUGAAGGCAUUCCCUACCAAAAAGCGCCUUAAUAGUCAUAUGCGUGUCCACAACAAGGAAGCGCCAGUUACCACAACAAGCAAUACCAUCGGCACAAAUACUGGGCCCAUCGGCAACAUGCAUACUGAUCGUGUGAACGUCGUGGCGGCUGGCCGUCGCACAGCCAUGAAUAUGCCCGAUGUUAUUGAUCAGCAGGUCUCCACCUCCAAAGUAGUUGUCGUGCUUUAAAUGCCGUAGUAACUAAGCCUAGCUUUUACAUUUACAAUCUAGAAAUCUACACCUACCUAUGUAUAUAGCUAUAGAUAUUUGUAUGUACGUACACGGUCAUGUUCAUCUAUCGCUAUUUGCCAACGACAAGCUUGUGAUUUCUGAAACCGUAAAUGUGCUUUACAAAGAAUCGCAGACUUAAGACAAAUAUCCUGAUCCACGAAUACAGAUAAAACUAAAAAUUGUAAAAGAAAAAAAUUUUACAUUUUUUAACGUAAUCCC